AGCGCCCCGGGUCUGGACCGCCUGUAGGAGGCACGCGCGCCCGGCCGCACCCCUGCCCAGCAUGUCGGCGCUCGAGUGGUACGCCCACAAGUCCCUGGGCGAUGGCAUCUUCUGGAUCCAGGAACGCUUCUACGAGUCGGGCAACCGCGCCAACAUCUGGCUGGUGCGCGGGUCCGAGCAGGACCUGGUGAUCGACACAGGCCUGGGGCUGCGCAGCCUCCCCGAGUACCUGUACUCCUCCGGCCUGUUGCAGGACCGUGCUGCCAAGGAGGAUGCGACGCGCCGGCCGCUGCUGGCGGUGGCUACCCACGUGCACUUCGACCACUCGGGAGGGCUCUACCAGUUCGACCAGGUGGCCGUGCACCACGCCGAGGCCGAAGCCCUGGCUCGGGGGGACAACUUUGAGACGGUGACCUGGCUCUCGGACAGCGAGGUGGUGCGGGCGCCCAGCCCCGGCUGGAGGGCCAGGCAUUUCCGCGUGCAGGCGGUGCAGCCCACCCUGGUCCUGCAGGAUGGCGAUGUGCUCAACCUCGGUGACAGACAGCUCACAGUCAUGCACAUGCCGGGUCACUCCAGGGGCAGCAUUUGCUUACACGACAAAGAUCGGAAGAUUCUCUUCAGUGGGGAUGUGGUCUAUGACGGCUCCCUGAUUGACUGGCUCCCAUAUAGCAGGAUAAGCGACUAUGUGGGCACUUGCGAACGUCUGAUAGAGUUAGUGGACAGAGGCCUGGUGGAGAAGGUGCUUCCUGGGCACUUUAACACCUUUGGUGCAGAAAGGCUUUUUCGAUUGGCUUCUAACUAUAUUUCAAAAGCUGGCAUAUGUCACAAAGUAUCUACUUUUGCCGUGCGAUCCCUUGCAAGUUUAGCCUUACGUGUCACAAAUUCGAGGACCUCACCCUAGUAUCUACACUGUACUCUACUUUAACUAACUGUAUAAGUUAACCCAAUUCAUUGUGUGCUGUUCAAAAUGGUUAACACAAGCAUCUCAAGAAGUGCUUUUAUACCACUAUUGUGUGUUACAGAAAAAAAGAUUGAGAAUGAUAAGCCAAAAAAGGGAAAAGUCAGUUUUUUCCUUUAAAUAAGAAACCACUUAAAUAAGCUUAUAAUUUGCCAACAUUGUCAUUUUGUAAUAUUUGCUCUAAAAAUGCCAUAAGAGUAGGUAGAAAAGCAAGAAGGCAUUUUAUAGCAAGUAAAAUAAUUUUUCUUGCCCACUUUUCUUAUUUCCUAGGUCACUGAGGAAAAAAGGCAUAUGGAGUUUUAUGCUUAUACUCUAAUCUUGGUUUUUUACUUUAUUAUUUAAAGAUAAUAAAGUUCCUUGGGUUGCAGAUGUACAUUGGAACUCAAUACUAACAAACUAACAUUUAGAAUGACAAGUAAAACAUCCCAUGGUAUGGUCCUCAAUCUUUAAUGCUUCCUUUAAUUUAUUAUUUAUGUAAUUAUAGCAUACAUUAUAUGCUGUGUAAUUUAACUCAUGAAAAAUAUAAUAAAUUUGUUUUAUUGUAAAGCUUUAAAUAUAAAUUGCAGAAUGCUUCAGUAAAAAGCUACUAUAUAUUGUCUGUUAUGUAAUAUUUUCAAUGCUAAAAGUAAAAUUCAAAUAUAUGUAAUCUAGCUGCAUAUUGUCAGAUUUCUCAAAAGGACACUGUCAGGCAAAUUUGAAAAUAUACACAUUGAGGAUAAUUUUUUAUUAUAUCCUAUUUUAAUAUUAACAGCUUAUUAUAAACAAAAUUCUCUUGUUAAUAGCAACUUCAGUAUUGUGUCAUGUUUUACAGAACUAUAGAAAUCUAUGACAUCUUGAUAUAAACCAUUCUUUUACUUAAUAUUUUUAUGUAUCACAAAAGGAUUUUCAAAUUAAUUGCAAAGUGUGCAUUAAAUAUUGACUUAGAGCGAAUUGCCUUUCUUAUCCUGAUUCACAACACCUCUUCCUGUUCAGUAUUCUUUGUUUCAAAUGAAAACAAAUCUACAUUCAUAAAAUCAUAGGAAAAGUUAAAUUACUAUUUAGUAAAAUGUUUUGGAUUGGUGCUCUUAAUAAUAAUUUAUUUAAAAUUCUUUUUGGAAUAUUUCAUAAAAGUUUUUAAACUGUUUUCCACUACUUUUCUAAUUGUUGACAUGUCUAAAACCAAAUAGUAUAGCUUUGGAAAUUAGAUCUUUCAGUAUUAGGAAGGUCCAACAAUUUUGAUUUCUGUCAAAUUAUGUAACCUUUUCUACCCUACAGACACCUAGAUUCUUUAGGUUUUUAAAAUUCAUUUAGUGCACGCACACAUACCCCACAUACGUACAUGCAUGGCACUGCGAUAAACACUGUGGAAGCUUCAAAAGUCAGAGACAUUGUGGCUGGAAGUUGAAGGCACACACAACAUGAGUGGUUAUAUAUGCAAGUAGAAUUUAAAAAUACAUGAGUAAGGUGCACAAAGGGAUGGGUGUGAAGCUUGGUUAGAGAAGAUAUUCUGGAGGAGUUUUUGGUUCUGAAACGGAACAAUGAUUUCUUCAGUGUCAGGGCAGGAAAGACUCAAGAAUAGGGAAUUAGGAAUUACGGUAUAGAGUAGUUCAUUCCUUGUGACCAUAUAAAUUUAAAUUUUAGGAAUCCCUGUUACAAGCACCAUGUAUUCAGCAUGAAAAAGAUUGGUUUGUGAUUGUUUAUACAUGUCAUCCCUAAUGACAGCUAAUGCUGAACUGCCAUGUGACACCUAAGGAACCUUUACUUAGAAUCAGAAAGGAGGCUCUGAUCGGUUCAGGUACAGAAUCCCAUGGGAGUUCUCUAGGAUGGUCACUCAAGGCAGUUGGUCAGUUUCAACUGAUAGUGCAACAUCCAGAAUAUAGAUUUGGUUCAGGGCAACUGCAAUCACUUAAUGAGCCUUAAAUAUAGCCAUUAUUUUUAUAUUAGUAGCACAAAAGAAAACCAAAAGUCCUUAACCACUGGCCAUUUUAUCAUAUUUUAGGAAUUUAUUUUAAAUCAGGGUAUUGUAGGCAUUAAGUUUUAUUAGGAAAUAUUGACUCCUGCUGAGGGAUUUCCAUGUUUAUUAAAAGUGCAACUUUUUUCAGAACACAUUGGCAUUAUUUUUUCCUCAUUUUUUCAAUUUUUCAAAUUAUAAUACAACAUAAGACUUGAUAUUUUGCUGUUGCUACGAUGUGGAUAAAAUAAAAAUAAGUUGGAGGAAGGAUAUCAUUGAGUACCCAUAUUGUACAUUUUGAAUAUGCAUUCUUUAACGUAAUCCUUAUCCCAGCACCAAGAGGUGAUAAAGCAGCCUCAUACAACAGGACUGGGGGCAAAACUGGUAACUGAAUACAAGUCCGUUUGCUCCCAGACUGUUUUUUCUCUUAUACCUGCACAACACUUAAAAUUGGCAAAGUGUAUUUUUACUUUCCAAGAUGCCACAUGUGCCAAGAAUAAAUCAAAUGAUGCUAAAGCUCACACAUUUAAAAAUAACUUUUAAAUAUAUAUUUUCACCCUGACAGUGACCCUUGUUAAAAUUUAUGAUUUUUGGAAAUAUUAGUAUGUAAGUAUAAUUCAAAGUUGUCAAAAUGUAAGGCAUUUAGGAAUAACAUCAUUAGUAAUUAAUCUUUGGACAUUCAUUUUCCUUAUGUGAUGUCUCCUUUUAACUGAGAAGUUUAAAACAAAACCUUGUGUAUUAUCCUAAUGUAUUUAAAUCAAUGAUUAUGUGUAUUUGUUCUUAUAUGGAUAGUAAUAUGAAUGUGACAUGCACAAAUUGUCC